AUGAAGUCGCUUAAUAAUUGUGUUCAAGAAUUUAUUGAUCAUCAUUCAUCAGCACUGUUUCCAUCAGAUAAUACAAUAGAUAUUCGUCAUCCUCGAUUAAAUAGAUUUAAUUCGAUUUCCUCGUCAUUCGUUGAUAUUGAAGAUGAAGAUCCAAAUCUGUUUGUUAUUACUCCACCGAUUGAAUAUUUUCUUCAUGUUUCAUCUCGUCUAUGUCGUGAACAAUUCUUCAAAUUAAUUUGUCCUGGUCACAUUCUUAUUUGUCAUGUAAUCACGGCUAGUUCACGUGAUAUGCUUGUACGUAUUUUAUGUUUUGAUGAUGGACAUCGACGAUCGUUACAUGAUCUUAAACUUACUGCAACUUGUCUAUUGAAUACAUCAAGUAGUAAGAACAAUAAUAAUUAUCGUAAAAGAAAUAAAUAUGAUCGAGAUGUACAAGAAAUUAGUGAUGAAGAUAAAGAUGAUGGAGAAUAUCAAAGUGGAGAUUUGAUACGAGCCUGUGUAAACCAUGUUGAUAUACAUAAAGAAGAAAUUCAAUUAACAAUUGAUCCAUCUUUGAAUCAGUAUCAUCAGUCUUCUAAAAAACUCGGCCUUAUUAAUGAAGAUGAUUUUCCAAAACAUUAUGUUUUGUUACGUCGACAAGAAGAACAACCUCAAUCUUAUGAAGAUAUUCUACAAACAUCAAAGGCACUUAAUAAUCGAGCUUGUGUUCAAACACUUUAUCAACGAUUAAAAAAACGAUUUGAAUAUUUUCAUUCUGAUAAUAAUAAUAUUGAAUCAUCUAAUGAUAUAUUACACAUGACAUUAAUUAAUUCAUUUAAAAAAAAAAAAAUUUCAUCAGAUGAAUAUUUUGAUAAAUUACGUCAAAAACAAGAUCAUGAAUGGGCAAUCGAAAGUGUUGCGGAAGGAGUACGAUUAAUGAAAGACAAUGAUUCUAAUUCAGCUAUACUUCAUUUUAAUAAAGCUCUAAGUAGAGAUCCAAAAUGUGUUGAUGCACUUGUUGCACGUGGCGCUUUGACAGCAAAUCAAGGUCAUUAUAAACGUGCAAUGCAAGAUUUUGAAGAUGCUUUAAAAAUUGAUCAUAAACAUAUAAAUGCAUCAAAAUAUUUACAUGAUGUAUUAAAUAAUAUGGCCAAUGAUACUGAUGAUUAUGAAAAUGCCAUAUAUUAUCUUGAAAAAGCUUUAAAAUAUAAACCAGAUGAUAAUGAAACCAAACGAAAAUUAGAUAUAUUACGUGCAAAGCAAAAAGAAGCAACAAGAAAAUUGGAAUAUGGACCAAGUUUACCAUCGGAUUUACAAUCAUCUUCGAAAGAUAAACGACAUGCGAGAUCGACAAAGAGACGAAAAUCAUUGGUGAAAGGUUCAUCGUCAAAUGAUAAUCGACCAAAACGAAAACGAUCAAGUUCUACUAGUAGUAGUGGCAGCAGUAGUAGUCGAUCAAACUCAUCAUCAUCAUCAUCAUCAUCGUCAUCUUCAUCAAGUAGUUCUACACCAAGUCAUUCUUUAUCAACAAUUUCAUCAUCACCAUUAUCUGACAUAAUUGAAAUAAAAAAACCAACAGCAAUACCUGUUAUUGAUAUUACUGAAAGUGAUAAAUCGACUACUACUCGAACAAGGUUUAGUCUUACACGUGAAAGUAUUAUUUCAAACAUAAGUCGAUUACAUACCAAUGAUCAUUCAUCAAAAGAAAAACAAUCAUUUGAACAACGAAAAACAUUACCAUCAACUAACAUAUCAUCAUCUUCAACAAAUAAAUUACAACAAGAAUCUUCAUCAUCAACAAAGAAAAAUAGAUCUUUUAUUAUUGAUCAUGAAGCUGAAGAUAUUGAAAAACUUUAUAUGGAACUUAAAGCUAAAAAAUCAAUGGAAAAACAAAAAAAAUAA